UCUGUGUCAGUGAGUCCCUCUGCUGAGAUGCUGGAGGGCGAUUCAUUGACUCUUACCUGUAGCACUGAUGCUAACCCAGCAGCUAACUACACCUGGUACAAGGAGGCUGGAACGUCAGACCCUCGUAUUCUCAGUGAAAAACCUCAGCUGAUCUUCAGCUCCAUCCAGUCCUCUGAUUCUGGAAGGUAUUUCUGUACAGCUGAGAACCAGCUGGGGAGGAAGAGGUCUGAAUUCAUCUCUAUCAAUGUGAAAUAUGGUCCACAGCGUCCCUCUGUUUCAGUGAGUCCCUCUGCUCAGAUGGUGGAGGGUGAUUCAGUGAAUCUGACCUGUAGCACUGAUGCUAACCCAGCAGCUAACUACACCUGGUACAAGGAGGCUGGAACGUCAGACCCUCAUCUUCUCAGUGAAGAACCUCAGCUGUUCUUCAGCUUUAUCCGGUCUUCUGACUCUGGAUUGUAUUCCUGUACAGUUGAGAACCAGCUGGGGAGGAAGACCUCUGAAUUUAUCUCUAUCGAUGUGAAAUAUGGUCCAUGGCGUCCCUCUGUGUCAGUGAGUGCGGCCGUCGAGGAAGGACUAGAGAAGGGAGUGAGCGAAGCCUGA